AUGAUUUUUCCUGAAUUUCCGGGAAAAUCUGUCUCAUCUCCCCUGGUCGUAUACUGGCAGAUCUCGCAGAUUCCACACAACACCCCGACAUGGCUCCUUGUGAGCGCUCUUCAUUCCACAACACCCCUGUCACCCCACCUGUCACCCGGGCGCGGAGCGCGCGCGCGGCUCGGGGCGGCCGUCCAGGAGCUCCUGAGUUACGCCUAUGGCGCUGAGUUGGGAAAGACUGGACAUCAACUGGCCGGGCACGCGGUGGAUGAGGUGGACGUGCAAAGCGUCUUGGAGGGCGGCAGUAGCUUGCUCUAUGGUGAACUGCUGCCGGAAGGCGUCCGCCGUUUGCAGGAGGCCUUCUUUGAGGAGCAAGAGCUGGAGGGGCCCAUCUUGGAGCUGGGCAUGGGCACCGGAAAGGUCGCUUUGCAGCUCUUCCUCGCCCCGUCCGCGACUCCGCAGACCGCCGAGCGCCGCGUCUACGGCGUCGAGCUGGCGCCCUCGCGCUACGCGCGCGCCGCGGCGGCGGCGGAGCGGCUCAGUGGCCGCUGGCCGGAGCGCUUCCGCCGCGAGGUGAUCAGUGACACCUCCUGCUGCCUCUGGGACAGCGUCCACGGCACGCCAGCGGCGCGCUGCGACCUGGUCUGCGGGUCCUUGCUGGACACCCCAGAGAAGCUGCUGAGAGAAGCGGCUGCCGUGGUGCUGGAGGUGUGCUUACCCAGCGACGUACAGAACGACGCAGGUCGGAUGCUGCAGGCCUUACCGAACGGAUGCCGCGUGGUGAGUUACUCCGCGCUGCAUCAGCUGACGCCACACUGUCGCCUCCGGCCCGUGGGCGAUGGAGGCCUCACCUUGCCCAGCUCCUGGAAACCCAGCGGCCACCUCUUCGCCUUCUACGAAGCCAACGACGCCGGGCUCGGCGCGGCCGACGCCCCGCGCCUCGCGGAGCUCCGCGGCAGCGGCGGGUGCCCCAGCCGCGCGCGGCGGCUACGGUACACGGACGAGGUCCUGGGAGCUCCCGAGUUGGAGGUCUAUCCAUGGCAGAAGGGCGAUCAGGUCCUCGUCGGUUACUCUUGGCUACCGUUUCCAGACUUGGGCGAUCCCGACGAGGCGACGUGCGGCACCUUGGACGGAGUGACCUGGAUGGAUGCCGUGGUGGUCCUGGUCCAUGAGGACUGCUACGUGAACGUGUGCUACGAGGAAAGCGCCGCCAACUGUCCCGAAGAAAGAGGCGUUGCCGAAAGCGGAAGCAGCUCCCAAAAAAGGGGUGCCGAAGAAAGGCGCAGGGAAAGGCAAAGCUGCAGCAAAGGCAAAGCAAGGGGCCGCGCCAAAAGCCAAAGGAAAGGCGAAAGGUAG